AUGUUCCCAGAAUUAUUAUUUUAUUUUAUAUUAUCAUUGUUAAUAUUAAAUAUUAAUGUAAAUGCUAUUGGCGAAAAUCCUUGGGAUAUUCAAAAUUUUGCUGAAAUUAUUAGCGGUAUUGGUCAAAUGAUUCAAAAUCCAGCAGAGACUGUUGAUGUUCCUUCAGCCCUUAUUAUGGGAAAAUGGUUUCAAGUCUAUAAAGCAUCCGUUAGUUUUGACAUUAACAGGCCGCAAAUGUAUUGUGCCGUUAGCUAUUUUAAACCAAACAGUGUGAUGGGUGAAGAUGGAUUUUCUAUUGAGGAAGCUUAUCGUGCAGUGUCAAAAAAUGGACCGAUAGAAACUUUUAAAAGAGAUUUAAAUAAAGUAGGUACUGGCAAGUAUUGGAUGUAUACUGAAGAAUAUUUUUAUCCAAGACAAUUUUAUAUAAUCAAGAUUGGACCAAAAUUUGGAAAUGAUACACAAAUUGACGAAAUAGAUAUACAAUAUAUUGUUGUAACUGAUGCCAGUAAAUUGUCUCUGACAGUCUAUGCAAGAGAAGUAAUGCUUUUCUUUAAAAAACAUAAUAAAGAAGUUAUGGAAUUUUUAAAAGAAAAAGGGUUUGGAGGAAAAUUAUUUUGGAAUUCCCCAAAACCAAUAUAUCAAGGAAAUGAUUGUGAUUGGCCUUCAGAAAAAGAAGUUUUUGCAAGAAGGUUAGGUUUUAUAGAUAGAUAG